AGCAUUAAAACUCACAUUGAAUCUCAUGUGCUUCUCGCCCGUCCUGUGCUGAAACGCUGCUCUGAGCCUGUCAGACUGGGAUACAUCGCCUGGUUGACAUGAACGUCUCGGAGAUACACCAUGGGACGCUCAAGAUGUAUGGUGGAUUCAUUUUCAAACAGUGGAAGAAGAGGUUUUUGCUGCUGACAGCUGAAGGCAGUCUGCUGGUGUGCCACGAUGUGUCGUCUCCCCCCGACCAGCUGGUGCAGCUACAAGGCGGUUGUGAUGCAAUUGUGGAAGGCAAGGAGAUCCUAGACCUGCCUAAAUUACCCUCCGGUGGAUGCAGGGAUUGCUGCUUUGCUCUGAUUCUCCCUCAGAAUAAAUACUUGCUGCUGCUGGCUGAAACCCCUGCAGACUGCAGUCAAUGGGUGAAUAUGAUGAAGAAGGUAAAAAAGAGUCUCUCAUCACCUCUCAGUCCCUGUAAGCGACACCAGGUGAUUCCACCGCACAUUUCUCUCCGAGAUCUGGUGCCUGAGCAAAUCCUGGACAAAGAUCCGCCAACUCCACCCAUCAGUGACACAGAGUCUUCCUCCCCAGGGCCCAUGACCUGUGCUUCCCCAAAAGAGAAAGGCCGGAAUUCUCCCCGCUCAAAGUAUUACAAAGGAGGCCCGUAUUCAGUGGGGUGUCUGCGUCACGGCACUGUCAGUAAUGCCCAAGCAAUGAAGGCGGUUUAUCUGCUGAUGGGAGGAGCUGCUGCCUCCUCUGCUAUGGGAUACCUUGGCGCAUGCUCGCCCUCUAAUCUGGAGGCCAAAGCCGCUGACCUGCCAAUCAAUCCGGAUUUCUCUGGCAUGGGACCAGCAGGAGCGUACCACACCGGCAACCCCGCACUCGACUCCCCACACUACAACAGCUUUGACUUCGAGGUGGCAGACUCUGAUUUUGAUGCUUUUGAUUGUGGUGGAUUCACUUUCUAAUGAUGUGAAGCUUAGAGGCUACUGGUACACACAUCCUCAACGGUGCUGAAAAACUCACCUGAUGUUUUACAUGGUUAUGUUGGGAGACUUUCAAUUUGAGAUGCUCUGUUUUUUUAUGAGAGGAAAAAAAGGUGUUAUUGAAAGUGAAUACUUUACACCUGUAAUAACAAGAACAGUGAGACCUGAUAAAGCCCAAGAGCAUCCUCAUAUUUGAGUGAUAAUUCUUCCCCUUUUCAUUGUCAGACUGUUUUCUCAUUGUCAUUUCUAAUUGUUAGUAUGACAAAUUCAGUUAGGCAGCUUUAAAACACAGAUGACAGCAUCCUAAGAAGCAAUAUUGCAUAUUGUCUUUGUUUAAUGUUUGUUCAUUUGGUUUGAAUUCAGGUUGAUGUGUAGAGAUAAGCAACAGCUCACUGUCAUUCAUUGUCUGUCUUAUUGAUGUUGUGACAGAAUUAUUGUGGCUCCUUCACUGCAUGCCCAGUCACAUAUGAUCAAACCUGUACGGUUACAUUCUUUUCGACUUCAGCCCUGCCUGAGAAACCACACAGGAGUGUCAUUAAAGGCAGCAGUUCAUCAUGCAGUGUACGUGUUGCAGCAGUUUGGUGCAUUUGUGUUAUUUAUGCAAGUUAUUUAUGCACAACAUUGAAGGAGCGUUGGAGUGAUUUCCUAUUCUUGAUUGGAUUAAAAUAGAUCUGCAUUUUCAUUUGAUUGCAGUGUUUGACCUCUGACCGUACACAAAUUGUCCUGCUAGAACUCUUCUUAAUCUUCCACUCGUGUGCAGCCGCUGUGUUCCCUCCAAGCAUCCAGCUGUUACUCUGCUUUAGAUCUACAUGUUGAAAUCAAAUUUGUGUCUUUUCUUUAUAGGAAUAAAACUGAUAUGUGUA